GGCGCUGGGCUCCCCGCGCGCGAGUGAGGGCGGGCGACUGGCGCGGGUUUCUUCCGCGUUCGCGCCCUCGGGUGGGGUGGGGGGUCAUUGGAGGGGCGCCGACCGCAUCGCGGGUCCGGCCGGGAACCUGGAGAGGGGAGCCCGGCCCCUAUGGCCGCAGCAGGUGGACGCUAAGGACUUCCUGGAGGAGGUGGCGCGGCGGAGGGUCGGAGGCGCGGAGCAGCCUGAUGGCAGCCAGCCUGCCCCAUCUCAGAGACCAGGACUUGGAAGCUGUAUUCCUGACGGCUGGGUGGAAGGAGUUGCUGUCCUUUGAGGAUGUGGCUAUGUACUUCACCAGAGAAGAGUGGAACAAACUUGACUGGGCUCAGAAGGACCUCUACAGAGAUGUGAUGCUGGAGAAUUACAGAAACAUGAUCUUGUUGGGUAAUACUCAGCUUGAAGGUUUGGCUUUGAGUGUCUCCACAAGUCCUCAGUCCCUUAUUUGCAAUUCCAAAAUCAGAGAAACUCCGAAAACUAGUUUUUUUCCUAGCUCUGUUUGGCAGCAAGACCCAACCUGAUCUCUUCCCACAGGAAGCUAUGUCUCAUCCUUAUUUUUCCCACCUGGUCUUUGUAUCUAUCUGUUUAGCAUCAGAAAUAUCAGUGUGUUUGAUUAAAGGUACAGCUCCAACCCCUGUUGGGGGCGGUACGUAAUAGAAAAUAUACACACCAGUCACCUUUCUAAAAUCUGGAAAAAAUUCUGAAUCCUGAAACACGUCUGGCCUCAAGGUUUUCAAAUAAGGGAUUGUGGACAAUGAAUAGUUUCCUU